UCAUACAUUCGUCAGUCCUAGUCCAGUUAUUGAGCUGAACACAACCAAAAACUAAAAAUCGUAAAAAAAAAUCAAAAUAAUAUAUUUAUAUAUUUUGUAAAAGUGAAUCGGGUCAGAUUGUAAAUUCAAAUUCUUUUAAAAGUUUGGAAUAUUCCUUUUUUUUUGGUGAAAAUAUUUAGUGUUUACCGUGUGCAAAUAAAAGUUAUCCAACAUGAGCAAUAAGGCUCCCGAUGCUCGCGAACCGCAGGCCUUCGAGCGGGAUCAGGCUUGCCCUGUUACCCCCGUGCCCAGCGAUGAGGCGCAACGUCCGGCCGAUACGUUGAACGUCGACCUGCCAUGCACUGACCACGCUGUCAAGUCGGUGCCGGCCGACAACGCUAAGUUCGUCGAGUCCGACAAACACGAUGUCUAUACACAAAGUCGUCGCGACUCGAGCACAAAUCCCGAACGUCCGUACUCGCUGGACAAUAUGGGCCCGGAGCCCGAUCUGAAGGAACCGAUGGGUGUUUGCGGCGACUAUGUGGAGCAGUCGCCUCCACCGUGUGUCAAGAUCGACAACAAGGAUAACUUUUAUUCGCGCAAUCCGAUUACAGGCUCUGGUCUGAAUGGUGAUGGCGUGGGUGGUCUAAAGCCCAGGAAGAUCAAGAACCGAGAGGGUAAUCCAGUUACCGGUGAGGGUUACAAGCCGGGCGCAACUGACUUUAUACAGCCACAUAGUCAGACGAUGCCAUCCAAUACGAAUAGUCGAGUUCCGCCCGGCGGUUAUUCGUCGGGACUUUGGUAAGCUCCAUAUUCGGAGCAUAUUUACCAGUCCUGCGACACUGAAGACGACAACCCUUAAGCUACAAGAAAAGAAGACAACCAAACGCAUUAAAGAUGGUAUAUAGAUGACGAUCGCAAGGCCCGAUUUUAACACUAAAAAACUACAAAAUACAAUACAGAAAAGCACAAAAAAAAAAAAAAAAAAAAAACAGCUAAUGGACAAUUGCGACACGUCAUUAGGCAAACAAAUUCCAAAAUAGUAAACACAAACAUCUCCGAGGAAUCGACAGGCUGCAAAUCACAAACCCAUAUAUACAUUCUUUAUAUUUUUGACAAGAAAAAACUGUACUGACUCACUCAAAAAUGAAAUACUGGAAAAUACCUAUACGAAUAUCACGGAUUGAUCGCUUACACGGAAAAAAGAGAGAAGAUACAGUAACGUAACAGAGUAAAACA